GGUCGCACUCUUUAAAUGUAUUGAAUGUCCAAUAAUUAAAAAAUUGUUCUAUACUAUUUGAUAAUUUAAUUAACGUACUUACAUUCGUGUUGAUGUAUUGAGUUUACCGUUUAAACGUCGUAACUACAUUAAUUUAGUUCCUGACAAUAAUUUUUUAUAGUUAAGUGUUUAAUUAUGAACUGUUCAUAAAUGUAGACUUGUCAAUAUAUCCUAGAUCUGUAUCUAUAUGGGUAUGAAUUAAAGACAACACUAAAACAUACUUACAUCUUGAAGACUAUUGUAUAUUAAAUGAUUUAACUUAACUUUUCCUCGUCAAAUUUGUUAUUUGAUUGUUGUGCUUGUAGAUAUCUUUCUACGUUUUAAGUGUAAAUGUAUUAUUAAUAUCCAAAGACAUUCGAUACAUAUAAAGAAAGUGUAGUUGAAUGUUUAACUAUACAUGAAGCAAUGUUAAACUGAUUAUGGCUUUAAUGGGUGAUCAGAUGAUUGCUGGUGCUCAAAGGCGGCAACCAGCAUAUGUACGUUUUCAAAACAAUACCUGCUAUAGCGUUGAAGUGAAUUGGAUAAAUUUUUGCAAUAAUGAACAGCCCUACUGUAUUUUAGAUCCUAACAAAUUUGUAGAUGUAAAUACAUUUUCUACACAUACAUGGGUUUUUAGGGAAUGUAUGUCAAAGAGUCGGAUGGUUGUUGCUGGAAGAGAAGUAUUCAUUGCGACUCCUUGGAUUGAAGAACACAGACGCCUUGAAUUUAAACACCCUAUCACUGUACCAUUAAGAACAAUGGUUUUAAUUGAAAUGCCAGCUAUGGACUUACGACAACUAUGCUUAUUAAAAUUAGCUCAAUUAUUGAAAACUAAGGAUGACAUAAUCAUGUUAGAAAUACCUAAAACACUUCAAGAGGAAUUAAUAGAAAUGAUAUCAAACAAAGGAGAUAGUUCAACGUAACUAACCAAUUAAUGUUAUAUUUUUUUAACUUGUUUUAUAUUAUUUUAUUAUAAAUUAUUAUAUGAAAAUA